AUGCCAUCCCUGAUUACUGCAGGUCUCCACUGCCUAUUUCUACUGGUGACAGCAUGUUGCCAGACAUCACAGGACUCAAACUUUGAUCCGUUCAUCCCAUAUGUUAUUGAUGGUGCGCUAGGAGAGGAAAGCUUCCAGUCAGAAAUGCAAAGGCAAAAGCGAAAUAUGCUUAUUUUUGACAUUCCCUCUCUGGAGUACACUGUUGACAUUGAAGUAAGCCUUACAGAUUCAUCUUUCCUGGAGCCAGUCAAAGAUUAUUUCAAAAAACUUAAUCUUCCAGUUUCAACAAAUAUUUCAAAUGUAGAAAUGACAAUUUCAAACAUCAACAUUACAACAGUCUGCCUGCCCAGUGGUGAGAACAAUAGCUGUUGUUCUUGUGAAAAUGGAUAUGCCUGGCCAAGCGCAGUGUGCAGCGACUUGAUAACCUGCCCUUCUGUCAGCGUAGCACCUGACCUGCCCUGUGGCUACAUGAAGGAAAUGCCUUUCUAUGGGCCUUACUGUAAGCCUCAGACUGAAGACUCAUGUGGUAUGGGAGACCCCAUUGUAAUGAAUAUGUCAGUCAGACUCGACACAGACUUUUGGGAUGAUCUCAGAGAUUCUUCUUCUGAAUUAUACAAAAAAUAUAAAGCUGACCUUGAAAAAGCGUUUAAUGCUAGCUACAGAUGUUUACCAGGCUUUGUAUCAGCAACAGUAACUGGUUUUAGGCCUGGCAGUGUUUUUGUGAACUACGAAGUAAAAGCAGGAGCAGCAAGCUUCAAUCAGAUAGCAAGUUCCAACAGAAUUGUACCGCAAUAUCUAGAUGCAUUGUACCACCUACAAGAACAUACCUUCACAACAGAAAUAACUAAUCAGACAAACUUCACUGUGACUCCUGUAGACAUUUCUGAAGGGGACACAGUAAGACUGAGUUGUGGGAUAAAUUCAACAUCUGAGGAUGUGGUCUGGUAUCACUUUGAUCAGAUCAUCUCAACCGGCUUCGCGUAUGUGACAGAGAGUAGAAUUUCAAGGAUAAACUCAAGGUCGAUUCUUACAAUUACCAACAUUACAAUGAAGGAUUCUGGUUCCUCCUAUACGUGUGCUUUCACAACCAGCAGACAGGGUCUCACACUGAUAUACAAGGCCACGAAAACAAUAACAGUCUCUCCACUACACGUCACUUCUAAAUCAAAUGACACUGAUGUUAUAUGCAACGAUCCAGAAAUGCAGACAGACAGUUCUCUGCUGUCUUGUUGUAUUGACAGACACUUACCAUCACUUACUGCUGUCUGGAAAGUAAAUGGAGCACUGAAUAUUACAGGAGUCUCAAGUUUCAGUGACAACUGCACUAAAUACAAGCUCAGCAUCAAUGAAUCACUAUGCCCACCUGAGAAGUCAGGUACAGUGACAACAUAUACAUGUGAGCUGCAGACUGGACACGGUGGCAAGUGCAGUCAAAACAUCAGAGUGACAUACCUCCGGACAGCACAUGUGACAAUAUCUUCACGCCUAAACUCGUCCGUUUCCGAGGGAUAUCCGUUCAAUCUAACAUGUGAAAGUGAUGUGAGCAAUUAUGACAGUAUCAGUUGGAAAAUCCAGUCUGGAAAUAACAUAAAAACAGUAGACUGUAAUAACUGCAUCGAAAACAGCAAAUUUCCAGCCACAUCUGUGCUGAAAGUGAAGUCUGCCGCACAGGAUUGGAAUGGCACCUACAUCUGCACAUUCUCCCAAAAGCAUUUGGAGAGUUCUGCCAAUGUGACAAUCGAGGUUAUUCCCUUGCCUCUUAAGCAGAACAUCCUGACAGACCCCAUCGCAGCGUCUAUACAGUGUGAAGUGCAACGAGCCCUUGAGUGCUGCAUAAGUGCUAAUACCACAGAAGUUUACACUGUCAAAUUCAUCGUUCAAGAAAAUGAAUUUCAUGUUGGGAAAAACAAAAAAGGAAAUUUGUUUUGCUACAUGUGCAAUUAUACAGCAACAGAAUGCAGCAAAAAGAAAGAGCUCACAGCAUAUUGCAAGUUUAUUAACCACAUUGGACAGGAAGUCAACAGUGAAAAUAUAACACUGCACCUGAUACCUGACAAGGAAGUUUCCUGCUCAGACAGCCUUGGCAUUGGAAUAGAAGGGACCACAUUAACAAAGCCAUGCGUUGAAUUAAAUAAUCCAGACGGUUUUACCCGAGGCAAUAAAAUUUACAAGUGCUCCAACAAAUCAUGGAAGCUUGAAAGGGAUAACUGCCUGUCUGUAACAAUAAACAACCUGCUGAGUAGGGCUGAGUCCUUGGUCAACAGUCCUGAGGCAAAAGCAAACCUACCUAACUACCUUACAGAGCUUAAGAAUAUCACAGAAAAAGAGCAAAACACAAUAAGUGGUUCUUCUGCGAACCUAGGCGCAAUCGUUACCAUCCUGAGUACAAUCUCCUCUAUCCCGGCAAAUGCAGAGAAGACCACUAUUCAAAAUUUCCUCUCCACAGUGGACUUUAUUGUUGCUGAUUCCACAACUAAAGCUUGGGAAGACCUGAAUAAAGAGGAGAUACUCCAAAGUUCUUUGUUGUUGAGUUCGGUAGAAAAUUUUUCCCUGCACCUCCAACCAGUUAAUAAUACCAUUCCUCCUGUCUCUGUAAACACCCUUCAGCUACAGGGUGUAGUUGUCACAGGAAGUAACAACACAGAUUAUGCUAAGAGCUUCAGCAGUACAGAUGACCUCACAGUUAAUGUGCACAUUGGUGAAACUGAAAUUCGUACUCUAACCCAAAAUUCAACCAUUGUCAGCGUGAUGUACUCAAAACUUGGACAUAUUUUGCCCUGGAAUGAGCCCGAGUAUGUGAAUGGCUUACUGAUAUCAACAACUGUAAGCAGCAACAUAAGCCAGAAUUUCAAUAUUAAUAUGAACUUUGCAAAGAAAGACUCAUCUCUACGGAUGCCCCAGUGUGUCUUUUGGAACUUCACUCUCCUUGGAAGUAGAGGGGGCUGGGAUACUCGAGGCUGUACAACCACAGAGGUAGAAAACCAUGUCAUUUGCUCCUGCAAUCACUUGACAUCAUUUUCCAUUCUGAUGUCACCUGAUAAACCCUCCCAGGUUAUCUUUGAAGAUUAUAUUACAUACAUUGGCCUGGCCAUUUCAAUCUUGAGUUUGGUGGCCUGCAUUAUAAUUGAAUCCUUAGUCUGGAAAUACGUGACAAACAACACAACCUCCUACAUGCGCCAUGUCUGUAUACUCAACAUAGCUAUGUCACUCCUGAUUGCUGACAUUUGGUUCAUUGUCACUGCCUCCAUCAAUUACCAAAACCAACAGAUGAACAGAGAUAUCUGUUUUGUGGCCACCUUCUUCAUCCAUUUAUUCUACCUGUGUGCCUUUUUCUGGAUGCUCAGCCUGGGCCUCAUUCUUUUCUACAGACUGGUCUUCAUCUUACAUAAUACAAGCAAGACCGCUCAGAAAGCAGUGGCAUUCUGUCUGGGAUAUGGUUGCCCCUUUGUCAUUGCAGCGAUCACCAUUGCUGUCACACUGCCAAGGAACAGUUAUACCAGGAAGAAUGUCUGCUGGCUCAACUGGAAGGACAGCAAAGCUCUCUUGGCCUUUGUCAUACCUGCCCUGAUCAUUGUGGCCAUGAAUUUGUUCAUCACUGCAGUUGUUAUAAUAAAAAUACUGAGGCCAACUAUUGGGGAUAGGUCAAACAGGCAGGAGAGGAACUCUUUGUUUCAAAUUGGCAAAAGUGUGGCCAUCUUGACACCACUGUUAGGUCUCACGUGGGGAUUUGGCCUUGCCACCGUCAUCAGAAACAGUCAUCGAGCUUUCCACAUCCUCUUUACUCUGCUCAAUGCUUUGCAGGGAUUAUUCAUUUUGGUGUUUGGGACUCUCUGGGACAAGAAGAUACAAGAGGCCCUGCUGAAGAGGAAUUCAACGUCCAAAUGGAGUUCGCAGCAAACAAGGGUUAGAACCUUGAGCUAA